UUAAUUUUAUCAAUCAUUCAAUCAAUCAAACAUCACCGCUUCAAGUCUAGUAAAGGGAAAUAUUCAAAUUUUAUUUAAUUAAUAAUGCAUAUUUAAAAAUUAAAAGUCAAAAGAGGGCUUGUUAAUUGCAUUUUAGCAAUAUGCCGCCGACAGUACAGACGACGAAUGAACCAGAAAGGGAAAAACGACCUCAGCGUACGGGGGAAAGAAGGUCAGAGUUAGUGACACGAGUUAAAUACUGCAAUACGUUACCAGAUAUCCCUUUUGAUCUGAAAUUCAUUACAUACCCAUUUCCUUCGACGCGUUUUAUUCAGUAUAAUCCUACGUCUUUAGAGAAGAAUUAUAGAUAUGAAGUGUUGACAGAACAUGAUCUGGGAGUACAUUUAGAUUUGAUAAAUAGAGAUAUAUACCAAGGGGAUGGUAACGCGUUACUAGAUGCAGCUGACGAAAAAUUAUUAGAAGAUGAUGUUCUUACACCCCAAGACUCUAAAAGAUCACGACAUCAUGCUAAGAACGUUUCAUGGUUGCGCCGUUCUGAGUAUAUCUCCACAGAACAAACGAGAUUCCAGCCACAAAGUAUGGAAAAGGUUGAAGCUAAAGUGGGUUAUAAUGUUAAAAAGAUAUUCAGUGAAGAAACAUUAUACAUGGAUCAUGAAAGUCAAAUCAAAGCUAUUGAGAAGACCUUUGAGGACAAUAUGAAACCUAUAGAGAAGCACUAUAGUAAGCCAGGAGUUACCCCAGUGGAGGUCAUGCCUGUGUUCCCCGAUUUCGAUAUGUGGAAAUACCCAUGUGCUCAAGUUAUAUUUGAUUCUGAUCCAGCACCAACUGAUAAAAACAUUGCUGGGCAAAUUGAAGCUAUGUCUCAGGCUAUGAUUCGUGGUGUGAUGGACGAAAGUGGUGAACAGUUUGUAGCCUACUGUCUACCCACAGAGGAGACUAUUCAGAAACGUCGCCGUGAUAUUGCUGAGAAUAUUCCGUACAUGGAUGGAGACACUUAUGAAUACAAAAUGGCUAGAGAAUAUAACUGGAAUGUCAAAAGUAAAGCAUCCAAAGGUUAUGAGGAGAGUUACUUCUUGGUGGUCCGUAAUCACUGUGUAUAUUAUAACGAGUUGGAGACACGUGUGCGACUGUCCAAACGCCGCGCUCGCGCCGGUGCGGCAGCGCAAGCUCUCACCAGGCUGGUGGUGACGCACCGCCCGCUCAGUAGCAUCGAACAUCGCAUGCUCAGGCUAAGAGAAAAACAGCUUGAGCCUCCACAAGAGGAGGAUGAAGAAGAAGAGGAGGAAGAUGAUGAAGAAGAAGAUAAACAAGAGGAGAUAACGGAAAAAGAAAGAUCUCAUUCCCGUUCAAAAUCGGGAUCGAAGUCGCCUGCCGGGUCGGAGAAGUCGAAAGGCUCGAACAGGUCGAGGUCUGGCUCCCGAGAGAGGUCUCGUUCCAAAUCCAAGUCAAAGUCCAGAAGUCGGUCGCGAUCUGCAUCCGGUUCGAGGAAGUCGAGAUCUAGAUCUGGAUCCGCUCAGUCCGGCUCUGUUAGGUCUGGUUCGGCGAGGUCAAGGUCAGGCUCUCGUUCGCGGUCAGGGUCACGGUCGCGAUCAGGGUCAAGGUCGCGGUCAGGAUCAAGGUCGCGGUCAGGUUCACGGGCGUCCUCCCGCGCCAGUUCUAAGAGCGGGAAGGGGUCCCGUGCCAGUUCGACCAGCCGACGCGGCUCUAGGUCUAGCAGUAAAGCUAGUAAUAAGGGUUCACGAGCAAGUUCUAGAGCCAGCUCCCGCGCGUCAUCACGAGCUAGUCGAGCUUCGAAGCGGUCGUCUCGAGCAUCAUCUCGAGCCUCUCGAGCUUCUUCUAAAGGCUCAGGCUCUAAAGCGUCAUCUAAAGCGAGUUCUAGAAGGAACAGCGGCUCCGGAAGUGGAUCUGAUAGGUCUAGGAGUCGAUCGGCAAGUGGUUCUCGACGGGGUUCCCGCAGUGGGUCAGCGUCCAGUGCGACGUCUAGACACAGCGGUUCUGACUAAGUUAUGAUAUUUUUAUUAUAAUUAAAUUAAUAUAGUAAUUAAAUUGAUUUUGACGUAUAAAA